CAGCUCUGACAUGGCCCUCAGAAGGAAAGGGAAGCAGGCAAGGAAGGGAGGAGCUGAUCUUCCCAAAAAGAUCCCGGGGCAGAGUCCAGGGCGGCUCAAGGCUCCUCCGCACGCGCCUGCUGAUCCCUGAGCGCCCAGAGCCAGGAUGGGGCGGGCUGAGGCCGCUGCCAUGAUCCCAGGCCUGGCCCUGCUCUGGACAGCGGUGCUGGGGGGCGCCACCCCCAGCCCUCCACGCCUUCGGCUCUCCUUCCAAGAGCUCCAGGCCCAGCAUGGUCUCCGGACCUUCCGGCUGGCAAGGACCUGCUGCUACGAAGCUUUGCUGGUGGAUGAGGAGCGCGGACGCCUGUUCGUGGGUGCAGAGAACCACGUGGCCUCUCUCAGCCUGGACAACAUCAGCAAGCGUGCCAAGAAGCUGGCCUGGCCGGCCCCUGUGGAAUGGCGAGAGGAGUGCAACUGGGCCGGGAAGGACAUUGGUACUGAGUGCAUGAACUUCGUGAAGCUGCUGCAUUCCUACAACCAGACCCACUUGCUGGCCUGUGGCACAGGAGCCUUCCACCCCACCUGUGCGUUUGUGGAGGUGGGCCACCGGCUGGAGGAACCUGUGCUCCGGCUGGACCUUCGGAAGCUAGAGGAUGGCAAGGGCAAGAGUCCCUAUGACCCCAGGCAUCGGGCUGCCUCCGUGCUGGUGGGCGAAGAGCUGUAUUCCGGGGUGGCUGCAGACCUCAUGGGCCGGGACUUCACCAUCUUCCGCAGCCUGGGCCGGCGUCCAAGUCUCCGAACAGAGCCACACGACUCCCGCUGGCUCAAUGAGCCCAAGUUCAUCAAGGUCUUCUGGAUUCCUGAGAGCGAGAACCCAGAUGACGACAAGAUCUACUUCUUCUUCCGUGAGUCAGCAGUGGAGACUGCGCCCACACUGGGGCGCCUGUCUGUGUCCCGCGUGGGCCAGGUCUGCCGGAAUGACGUGGGUGGCCAGCGCAGCCUGGUCAACAAGUGGACCACGUUCCUGAAGGCGCGGCUGGUGUGCUCUGUGCCUGGCGUCGAGGGCGACACGCACUUUGACCAGCUCCAGGAUGUGUUCCUGCUGCCUUCGAGGGACCGCUGGACCCCGAUGCUCUAUGCCGUCUUCUCCACUUCCAGUGGCAUCUUCCAGGGCUCCGCGGUGUGUGCGUACAGCAUGAACGACGUGCGCCGGGCCUUCCUGGGACCCUUUGCACACAAAGAGGGGCCCAUGCACCAGUGGGUGUCCUACCAGGGCCGUGUCCCCUACCCCCGGCCCGGCAUGUGCCCCAGCAAGACUUUUGGCACCUUCAGUUCCACCAAGGACUUCCCCGAUGACGUCAUCCAGUUUGCCCGGAACCACCCCCUCAUGUACAAUCCCAUCCUGCCCGUGGGGGGGCGCCCUCUCUUCCUACGAGUGGGGGCCGAGUACACCUUCACCCAGAUUGUUGUGGACCGUGUGGCAGCUGCUGAUGGACACUAUGACGUCCUCUUCAUUGGCACAGACGCCGGCACGGUGCUCAAGGUGAUCUCCGUCCCUAAGGGCAGCCGGCCGAACGCUGAGGGGCUGCUCCUCGAGGAGCUGCAUGUGUUUGAGGACUCCGCUGCUGUCACCAGCAUGCAAAUCUCCUCCAAGAGGCACCAGCUGUACGUAGCCUCGCGGAGCGCAGUGGCCCAGAUCCCUCUGUACCGCUGCGCUGCCCAUGGCCGCGCCUGCUCUGAAUGCUGCCUGGCGAGGGACCCCUACUGCGCCUGGGACGGAGCUGCGUGCACACGCUUCCAGCCCAGUGCCAAGAGGAGGUUCCGGCGGCAAGACAUAAAGAACGGUGACCCCAGAACGCUGUGCUCUGGGGACUUGUCCCAGCCCGCACUGCUGGAGCAGAAGGUGUUCGGUGUGGAGGGAGGCAGCGCCUUCCUGGAGUGUGAGCCGCGCUCGCUGCAGGCGCACGUGGAGUGGACGUUCCAGCGCGCAGGGGAGGGGACCAGCACCCCGGUGCCAGUGGUGGAGCGCGCGGAGCGCAUGGCUCGGGGGCUGCUUCUGCGCGGGCUGCAGCGCGGGGACUCGGGCGCCUACUUGUGCGCGGCAGUGGAGCAGGGCUUUUCGCAACCGCUGCGUCGUCUGGUGUUGCACGUGUUGAGUGCUGCUCAGGCCGAAAGGCUGGCCCGAACCGAGGAUGCGGCCCUCGCACCACCGGGCCCCAAGCUCUGGUACCGGGACUUCCUGCAGCUGGUGGAGCCGGGUGGCGGUGGCGCGAGCUCCCUGCGAAUGUGCAGGCCGCAGCCCGCGCCGCGCCCAGCGCCUCCCGAGUCACAGAGGAAGGGUCGCAACCGGCGGACGCACGCCCCAGAGCUGCGUGCUGAGCGGGGGCCGCGCAGCGCAGCGCACUGGUGAUUCGGCCAUCUCCACGCAGGGGACUGGGGAGGACACACGACGACAGGCUGGAGAAGGGGCAGGCAGACCCUGGGAGACAGACGGCUAGGGGGCGGGCACACUGCUGUCCCAAGCCAACCGAGACUCCAACCCACAGGCUCCGGCCUAGGGGGAGACACGCUGGCUUAUUUAUUAACAGAAGAUAACCCUUGAAUGUAGCCCUGGGAGGAGCGGCCCAGGCAGGGCCCAGGGACCGGUUGGUCGGUAGGAGGCAGAGAAGCAGGGCUCCGUGACAAUAACGUGGGCCAGGGAAGUACCUGGAUUGUCCACCCUGGGAGAAGGACCUCCUUGUUGGGCAAGGAGCAGGAAGCUGUGAACAGGCCGGGCCGCUGGGGGCGGGGCGGGGCAGGCCCAAUGUACUAAUGCAAUAAACACUUUAUCAGCUGAAGCUGGAAUGGCCCCAGCAGACAACGGCUGGUCCUAGGCCUCGCCGGGUGGCCCUGGCCACCUUCCUAGAGGUCUUGGGACCUCGGUUUCUUCUGUCUGAGGAUGUUGUGGUGAGGGUUACAGGUGGUGACCGUGUGGCUGAAUGGAGGGCCUGUGGAGAUGCUGGCAUGUACAGUAUAUUCUGAAUAAUAUAAUUUCUGGGCCAAGUGCUAUGAAGAAAAUAAAAUUGGAUGAAGUAGAAAAGAGUGUGAGCAGAAGG